AUGGCCGAUAACGGCGAUCGCGUGUUCUGCCAUGCUUGCGGAGGGGUUUGGUCAAGAGCCGAUAGUGAUCUGACCUGCCCACACUGCGAGUCCGAUUUCACGGAGAUUAUUGAAAUUCCUCCCGAUCCUGAUACUCCCCCACCAGAACAAGAUCCAGAACCUCGUACACCACCUAUCAAUCCGUGGGCAGAUCAUAAUCCUUGGGACAGAGACGAGGCGGCUGGACCGCGGCCAUUCGGCUUCAUGGACUCUGGAUCACCCGGAUACUCUCAACACACCUAUAGGUCCCCCGAUGGCCGCUUCACCUUUAGCAGCACCACCAUCGGUGGCGGAUACUCUUCCCGGCAAUCCGCCGCUACUGCUCCUACCAACCCGCUCCUUCCGAUGAUGUUCGAGGGUUUGAAUGCAUUAUUUCAGGGUCUGCAGGAGACACAUGAACCUCACGAGGCCAGGAGCCCGGGGCUUGACGACCCAUUCAUGGCACAUUCGUCAAGUUGGCCGAAUAUCGACCCGGGCGUUUCAAAUGCGCACGCCGGCCAUGAAGGACUAUUCCCGCGUGAUACAGAUAGAGCGCAACCCAUGACUCCGCCAGUAGCCUCUUUAGCCGAUCUCCUAGAAGCUUUCCGAACCGAUUUUGGGGGACCGAGACAGCAGGGUAGACAUGGUGCCCGCGGCGUAGCAGGACCGAACCCUCUCGCCAUGCUCUCGGCCCUACUAAACAUGGACCGAAACGGCGACGCGGUCUAUUCCCAAGAAGAGCUCGACCGGGUCAUUUCGCAGUUGAUCGAUCACAACAACUCGGGAACUGCACCGCCACCGGCAUCCGACUCGGCGAUCAGGUCCCUGCCCACGAAAAAGGUCGAUCGGGAGAUGCUGGGGUCUGACGGGAAGGCAGAGUGCUCGAUCUGCAUGGAUGCGGUGGAACUCGACACGGAAGUGACGGUGCUGCCCUGCACUCACUGGUUCCAUUACACCUGCAUCGAAGCGUGGCUGACCCAGCAUAAUACCUGCCCGCAUUGCCGACGGGGCAUUGAUUCGGUUGAAUGCACGGGUGAAGGCACCAGCGAAAACCCAGUCAUCAUCGAGGACAGUUCUGAAGCACCUUCUUCCGGCCGAAGAAGACGGCGCAGCUCGCCCUUUUCCCUGCGCAGCAGUCGAUCAUCGGGGUCUAGAUCUACUCCGCAAUCACCGACUCCCGAAUCCAGCGAGCCCCGCAACAGACGUGGAAGCCGGGGCAGUCGAGGUAGUCGAAGUGAACGCGGAGGAAUUACCGGCUGGGUCUGGAGCCGAUUUGGAGGCAGCAACGAGUGA